CAGUUUGGUGUUAUGCUAUAAAAACAGCACUCAUCGGUGGACUGCGAAUUCAGUCGGUUUCGAGCGACCGCCGCGACCGGAUGGGAAAAAGAGCUAGGUCUUGUGGUGCGUAAGGAAUUUACGCUAAGAAGCGAGAGUAGAUAAAUUAAACGGAACGCAUUUUGACCGAAAGUGGAGGUUUGAAGUAUAAUUCAUAACGGUUGAAAAGUAAUGAGUGAAAAAACAUUAGACUGAUCCGGCAAAAGAAAGGUGGCAGUGAUGUGUGACUCUUGAAGUGAAUUAAAAAUUGUACCAGUGACAUCGUCAAUUGGCAACCUAGUAGAACUAACCGUGUCAAUUCGUUGAAGCGUUCAAGGUUGCGAUCAUCAUCAUGUAUGGGAUGCUGUUGGAGAGUGUCCAGCACUUUGUACAGCUGGAAUAUGGAGAGCCGGUCUGGAAACAGGCCCUGCUAGCGGCCGGCUGUAAACUAACCGUUUUCAACACCUAUCAGCAAUAUCCGGACAGCUUGAUUCCGGAUCUGGCGGCAGCGCUUUCGGCCAUUACCGGCCAGAGCAUCGACGAGUUUAUGGUGUUUUUCGGGCGAUGUUUCGUGCGAUUCUUCAGCAACUUUGGUUACGAUGAGCUGAUCAAGGCCACCGGACGGUAUUUCUGUGAUUUUCUCCACUCGGUGGACAACAUCCAUCUGCAGAUGCGGUUCACCUACCGGAAGAUGAAGAGCCCAUCGAUGCAGCUGAUCGAGGUCGACGAACGAGGGGCGGUGCUGGUUUAUCGGAGUACACGUUCGGGGUUUUCCAAGUACUUGCGGGGGCAGCUGAUGGAGAUUGCUAAGCAGCUGUACAAUAUGGAUGUCACUAUCAAGGUGCUGGAGAGUCAAAACGAUGUGCCCGGUGGAACGGCGGGGCCAAUCUCGAUUCAGGGAGGUUUGAAAACUGUCAUCGUGAAAUAUCGGUUGGAUUUCGAUAAUCUUGAGUAUAUGCAGAAACGGGUCCACAUGAAGGCCCACCCGUCGCAGCUGGCCCUGUCCCCGGUGAGCAGCAGCCUGCUGCUGGACCUUUUCCCCUUCGCGCUGAUCCUGAACGAGCAGAUGCGUAUUACGGCGGCCGGCGAGAAGCUCAUCGAAUCGUGGAUGCUGAACAACAUCAACCGUUCGCCGACGGAGCUGAUGGGCUCCAAAGUUACUGAUCACUUCAAACUGCGGCGACCCACCGGAAUCACGUUUACCUGGGAUAAUAUGAAGCGACUACAAACGGUUAACUUCGAAAUUCAAUUGCUCAAGGGAGCGACGGCGACCGAUGGAGCUGAGGAAGGUCCACAGGAACCCGAUGAUCCCGGGAAGCUGAUGAAUAUUGCUCGGAGGGGUUCCCAAGGGCUGAGGAGCAUUCUGUUGAAGGGCGAGAUGCGCUACAUUCGGGACAUCAAUUCGUUGGUGUUUCUGUGCAGUCCUCUGAUCAACAACCUCGAGGAGCUGCGGGAAGUUGGCCUGUACCUGAACGAUCUGAACACUCACGGGCUCAGCCGUGAAAUGGUAUUUUCCGGAUUUUCACACAACUCCCGGCUGGAUCUGAUGUGUGAGCGCGAGGAAAAGCGAGCUGAAGAGCUGGAAACGUCACUGGCCUUGGCCGACGAAUGGAAACGGCAGGGUGACGAGCUGUUGUACUCGAUGAUCCCAAGGUCGAUAGCUGAACGGCUGCGAGAAGGGCAGAACCCUCAAGAGACGUGCCAGAGCCACGAAGAGGUGACUGUUCUGUUUGCAGAGAUUCAGGAAUCGCUUACGUCCGAUGACUCCAUCAAGUACGCGAUGACGACUGUGAACACGCUGAAUGCGGCCUUUACCGCAUUCGACGAGUUGAUCCAGUCGCCGAUGGCCUACAAGGUGGAGACAGUUGGCAAGGUCUAUAUGGCGGUGAGCGGUGCGCCAGAUGUUAAUCCUUGCCACGUACAGCACUCGGCCGAUUUGGCGUUGGGGAUGCUGCAGAGCAUUCUCGACCUCAAGCUGCCGGGAGUUGGAGUGAAAAUUGGAGUCCACACCGGUCCAAUAGUGGCCGGAAUCGUCGGGCUGAAGGUGCCCCGGUACUGCCUUUUCGGGGACACCGUCAAUACGGCAUCGCGCAUGGAGAGCAGCAGCGACAUUAACAAAAUUCAGGUUUCCGGCUUCACGGCUAACAAGCUGAAAAAGUAUGGCUACAAGUUAACAUUCCGUGGAAAGGUGGCUGUGAAGGGUAAAGGCGAGAUGGAAACCUUCUGGCUGGAGGGUGGUCCCAGUAGCGUUAGCAAGAAGAUCUCCGGCAAAUGAUCAAUUUUUGGAUGUUUCUAGUACUAGUACGCUGGAAAGAUUGUUUUCCCCACAGACUGUGCCUUCACUCUAUGCAAUUUGAAACACAUCUACUUAGAGGACCUAACAAUCUACAUACAUACAAGCUCACGAAAAGACUCACGACUCAGUCCCUAGG